AUGAAAAUAAACACAGUCGUGUCGUUGUCUCUGGAGCAUGAAGUACCCGAGACCUAUCGUCGCUCUCUUCAGGGCCCCAUGCUACAAGUAACAAUAUACACUGAAUGGGCAAAGCUUUGGCUAGCUGUUGGUUACGGGCUGAGUAACUUUAACUAUGAACUGGCAUACUGGUUCUGCCCUAAGCUAAUGAUUGCAGGCGAGGAUGCGCAUAUGCAGUUCUUCAUCGUUCAGCUUGUGCUUCUAGUCAGUUCACCGCUCUGGGGACAGAUGUUCGCCCUUGUAACCGAGGCAUUAGACGACGUGGAAACUACUUUUACUAUUAGCGAGAAAAGAGCCUCACCAGGAAACGGCAUCAGGGUAGCCUUCAAGCAGGUGCUGCACAGACUAGAUCUAAGCAUCAAGCCCCGACAAUUCGCCGCGCUGGUUAAACCAAGUGGCGCCGGAAAGUUGACGAUCAUUACCCUCAUGGAACGUCUGUAUGCACCCGAGUCAGGAUCCAUCGAGCAGAGCCUCAUGUUCGACGGGACAAUCCGAUUUAACCCCUCGCUCGGGGCAAGACCCAGUCGGACGGUCACGCAAGAGAAGCUGGAAGAGGCUUGCAAGCUGGCGAACAUCCAUGAGACGAUCAUGCAGCUUCCAAGCGGCUAUGACACCUACUGUGGACCGAACGGCGACCGGCUGUCCGGGGUUCGAAAGCAAUGGUUGGUGAUUGCGCGGGCGCUUGUUCGAAAGCCUCAGCUCUUGCUUCUUGACGAGUCGACGAGUGCCCUCAAUGCGGAGAAGGUGAUGCUGGUUAUUGCGAUUGCGCACCGGUUGUAUAUGAUUCGUAGGGUGGAUGUAAUUUCUAUGAUCCUGAAUGGGCGGUGCAUUGACCGAUGCACUCAUGAACUCAUUGAGUGCAGUGAGAUUUACCGCGUGAACGCGCUGAACCAGGCAGUGGGCGAGUGA